AUGGGGUUUGGUGCGAAAUGGAUGCAAUGGAUGGAAUUAUUGGUGUUCAAAAGUAGUAUGUCGGUGGUUGUAAAUGGGAGUCCAACAAAAGAGUUUAUUAUUCAAAGAGCAUUGAGACAAGGUGAUCCCCUUUCCCCUUUUCUUUUUGUGCUAAUAGCGGAAGGUCUUACGGGUCUUGUUAGAAAAUCUAUAGAAGUGGGGGAAUUUCAAAGUUUUUCCAUAAAGGACUCUUGCAAGGUGGACAUCCUUCAAUUUGCGGAUGAUACCUUAAUUGUGGGUGACGACAAUUGGAAACAUGUUAGAGCAAUCAAAGAGGUUCUUCGGGCUUUUGAAAUUGUUUCCGGUCUUGGUAUUCCGAUUGGAUUCAAUCCAAGGAAGGAAGCUACUUGGAAUCCUCUUGUGUUAAAUUUGAAGAAUCAAUUGGAAGGGUGGAAGAAUCGAUACUUAAAUUUGGGAGGUAGAAUUACUCUCUUAAAGGUCGUUCUUAGCUCUUUAGCCAUUUUCACUAUGUCAUUCUACAAAAUGCCGAGAAUUGUGUCUCGUUACGGUGAUUUAUCAUCGUUCAUUAUGGGAGGAGGUAAAGUUGGUAAUGUUUCUUCCUCUUUUUCCGUUUGGUGGAAGGAUUUAAUUAAGAGCGUUCCGGUGGCGGCGAUGGGUGGUUGGAGGGAUAAUAGGUGGUGUUUGGGUGAUUUAGGCUUAAAUGUGGGAGCAAUGAGGGAGGUUGGCUUUAGUAAUAUUUUGGAUGAUUUGAAGGGUCGGUUGGAGGUUUUCGGGGGGCGGAAGGAAGGAAAGGAUUCGGUAGCUUGGAGGGGAAAUUCGGAGUCUAUUUUUUCGGUUUCUCCGUGCUAUAAGUUUUAUGAUCGUCUUCGAAUCCCUUUUGGUCCUCCUAUCAAGAACGAGGAAGCGUUUGGUUUUCUUUGGAAAGUGGAAGUUCCUUUCAAAAUUAAGGCUUUCGGUUGGAGACUUUUCCGGAAUAAGCUUCCCACAAAAGAUCUAUUGGUGACUAGAGGUACGCCUUUGUCUUUUGAUAAUUUAAAUUGUGUUUUGUGUGGGAAUUGUGAGGAGAACAUGAAGCAUCUAUUUUUUAGUUGUUUGGUGGUUAAGAAGGUUUGGAGGGGGGUUGCUUUAUGGGUGGGAUUAGGAGACAUCGGUGAGGAAGAUGGAUUGGAAAAUUUUAUGUUUUGGCACCGGUUCUUUCGUUGUAAAAGGGUGAAAGAGAGGAAGCUUGGUGUUGUUUGGCUAGCUACUAAUUGGACCAUAUGGUUACUUAGGAAUGGGGUAUCUUUCCGGAAGGAUAAAUGA